ACCAACACCCCGGAUACAGUUGGAGAGUUUUGGAGCGUGCAACGAACUCACUCUACGAAGAUCAUUGAAUGCCAUCAUUCGCAUCAGGCAAAGCGCGAGGAGCAUUUUUGUGACAAGGCGGCAAGGCUUUGCAGUUACAGAAAUUUCAACGAACAAAAGAAGGCACAAAGGAGGAGCUAUUCGUCUUCUAUGAGAGCAAUAUGUUCGCUAAAUUAUUCCAAAAGUUUUCUUCUCCACAGAAUGAGCCACGGGAAACUCCAAAACUACCAGCACAAAUUGCUGUUCACUAUGGGAUUCCAGCUACUGCAUCUAUUCUGGCUUUUGACCCUAUUCAACAGCUUUUAGCGAUUGGGACAUCGGAUGGUAGGAUUAAAGUUGUUGGAGGUGACAAUAUUGAAGCCCUUCUUGUAUCUCCAAAGCCAGCGCCUUUCAAGAAUUUGGAGUUUUUGCAAAACCAAGGUUUCUUAGUGAGCAUCUCAAAUGAAAAUGAUAUUCAGGUCUGGGAUCUGGCAAGCAGACACUUAUCUUCAAAAUUAAAGUGGGAAUCAAACAUAACUGCAUUCUCUGUUAUCUAUGGCACUCAUUACAUGUAUUUAGGGGAUGAAUAUGGAUAUUUAUCUGUGCUCAAAUAUGAUGCAGGGGAAAGAAAUGUUGUACAAUUGCCAUAUUAUGUGCCUCCAAAUCUUGUAGCUGAAACAGUUGUGAGUUCAAUGCCCGACCAACUAUCUAUUGUUGGGUUGCUUCCCCAUCCUUGUUCAUUUGGAAAUAGAGUCCUAAUUGCUUAUGAAAAUGGAUUACUUAUUCUCUGGGAAAUUACAGAAGAUAGAGCUGUUUUUGUUAGUAGUCAAAACCAUCUUCAACCAAAGGAAAUUUUUGUUUGUACUCAAACAAACAUGAGCACAGUGCAUGCAAAUGAUUCCAAAGAUCAUGACCAAGAAGAAAAGGAAAUAAGUUCCCUUUGUUGGUUGUCCUCUGAUGGAUCAAUUCUUGCUGUUGGUUAUGUAGAUGGUGACAUUUUCCUAUGGAACUUAUCUGUGCCAGACUUUAGCAAAAGCCCUAAGACUGAAAAUCUGUCUAACAAUGUUGUUAAGUUGCAACUAUUAUCAGGAGACCGAAGGCUUCCUGUUACUGUUUUGGAUUGCUCUGCUAACAAAUCUCAAAACAGUUUAAGAGGCUACCUUUUUGUCUAUGGUGGUGGUGAAAUUGGAGCUGAAGAGGUUUUGACGAUCCUGAAACUUGAUUGGUCAUCUGGACUUGCAGCACUGAAAUGCAUCGAUAGAGUAGACCUUACACUUAGUGGAUCAUUUGCUGAUAUUAUUACUGUACCAAGUCCUUGUGAUACAGAGAAUGACAACAGUUCACUUUUUAUAUUGACAAAUCCCGGAGAGUUGCAUUAUUAUGAUAAAACUAGCCUGUCUACCUUGAAAUCUGAGCCAGAGAACAAGCAUAAUGCUCACAGCAUUCAAUACCCAGUGGCCAUACCUACUCUCAACCCAUGCAUGACUGUGGCAAAAUCAUGUUCUAUGGAUAGGAAAUGGAAUUUCUCACGAACUUCCUCAAAGUCUAAGAAUGAAGAGGAAUCAAAGUGGCCUCUAACUGGUGGUGUUCCUAGUCAAUUGUCUUUAACUGAAGAUAAUGGUGUUGAGAGAAUACACAUAGCAGGAUAUCAAGAUGGAUCUGUCCGAAUCUGGGAUGCCACAUACCCAGUUUUGUCACUUAUGUUUGUUAUCUCAUCUGAGGUGAAGGGCAUUGAAAGCACUAGUACCAGUCCAGCAAUAUCAGCUCUGGAUUUCUCCUCCAGUUCUUUGAGUAUUGCUAUUGGCAAUGAAUAUGGCCUAGUUCACCACUACAUGUUUGGUACCAGCUCUGGCUCUGAGAAAAUAAGCUUGCACUUUGUUACAGAAACCAAAAGUGAAGUUCACUCUUUCCCAAGUGGGGCUGGGUAUCAAUGCAAAGCUAUCUUUUCACUUCUCAAUUCCCCAGUGUGCAUCCUGAAGUACAUUGCUUCUGGGUCCAAACUUAUUGUGGGGUUCGAAAGCAGCCAGGUUGCUGUACUUGAUGUUGAUUCACCAUCAGUUUUGUUUCUUACAGACUGUGUUUCUAGCUUAAGGUCUCCAAUCACUUCUCUUUCUGUGAAGACAUUUCCAGGUAUCCGUCAGAACAUUCUGAACCCUGAAUGUUCAACCUCAUAUGAAGUUGCAGAAGAGCUUGCUUUUGCCUUGACCAGAGAUGGACACAUAAUUUUAAUGGAUAGCAACACUGGCAAUGUGAUUAAUUCUCAGCCAGUACAUCCAGAGAAACUGACAACUUCAGUUUCUUUACAUAUCCUAGCAGAGAGCAAUACAUCUUUUGACAAAGAGUCUGACAAGCAUCCAUUGUUCAAGGAUAUUGAAAUUAAAGAUCAAUCAGCGCAAUCUGGUGACCAUGAUCCCAUAGAUCCUUUGAAGCCUUCUCUAAUGCCUAAUGCUACAGAUGCCCAGAUUUUGGUUUGCUGCGAGGAUAUUUUAUAUUUGUUCUCUUUAAACUCUGUUAUUCAGGGUAAUAACACUACUCUCCAUGAAGUGAAUCUUGCUAAACCUUGUUGUUGGACUGCUUUGUUCAAGAAUGAUGGUAGAGAAUAUGGAUUGAUCUUAGUAUACCGGACUGGAGAUAUUGAAAUCAGGUAUUUGCCAGAUCUUAAAUUGCUGGGAGACACAUCACUAUUGUCAGUACUCAGGUGGAGCUUCAAGACAAAUGUGGAGAAGACAAUUAGUUCUCCCAGUAAAGGGAUUAUUUCACUGGUCCAUGGGUGUGAAUUUGCCAUUUUGGCAUUGUGCUCUGGAAAGGACUUUAGGAUUCCAGAGGCGUUGCCUUGUCUUCAUGAUAAAGUCCUUGCUGCUACAAAAAAUGCAGCUGCUUGUCUAACCCAAAAUCAAAUGAGUAAAAAGACUACUGUCAACAGUAUGAUUGCUGAUUUCUUUAAGGGGCUUAAAGGGGAAAAAGGAGAGCAGGAUAUUGAUGAUACUGAAACUCGGGAAACUUUUAUUGCACAUCUAGAGAAAAUAUUUUCUAGGUUUCCUUUCUCAGACCCUCUUACAAAUGUAAUGGAUGACCAAGGCAACUUGGAAUUAAACUUAGAUGAUAUUGAGAUUGAUGAUCCCAUUCCCAUAUCAUCGUCAUCUCAUCAGAGCAAUACUAGCAAACAAGAAAAUGAAAGACAGCGACAAAAGCUAUUUGAAGGUGGGUCCACUGAAACUAAACCAACACAAAGGACACGUGAAGAAAUCAUUGCCAAGUAUAGGAAAGGGGAUGCCGCCACUGCUGCCUCUGCAGCAGCAGAAGCAAGAAAUAAGCUUCAUGAGCGCGGGGAGAAACUUGAGCAACUGAGUGAACGAACUGCAGAGCUUCAAAGUGGGGCAGAAGACUUUGCAUCAUUGGCAAAAGAGCUGGCCAAGAAAAUGGAGAAACGAAAAUGGUGGAACCUCUAAAGCCAUUGCUGUCGAUUAAGCUGCACGUGACGAGAGUUGGUGUACAUACAUAUCAUAUACAUAUGCUUCAAUUAGUACCGUUUUAAUUAUCUCACAAAACAUUGAACUUACUAUUCUGGAGAUGAUGCGUUUAGUGAUGCAACGCUGAAGCCAUCAGGUGAGAGGACGGAGUCAAUGAAGAAAGUCAAAGCCAUACCGUGACUGUAAUGACUUGUGCAUGGCCGGCAGUUUGAACUUUGAAGGUAAGAACAAGCUUGUGUUGGAAUUUAUUAUGUAAAAGUAAAACACAAACAAUAAAAUAAAAAUAAAAUCCAAGUCAAACUUUUGAAUUCUA